GGGCAUUUUUACUGAGGUGCUCUGAACUGGAAACUCUGUCUGAUGGGGUUGUCCACCAGUCAGCAAGGUUGGCUGCCUUUGCCCUGCUUCUGCUGCUCUUGUCCCUGUGGGCUUGUUUUACCCAUAGCAUUGUGUCUCGUGGUCCAGGCUAUAGCCAAAGUCUCCUGCUCCCAGGAGCCCAAAGAGAGGCAGGUAGGAUGCAUAAGGACCUGCCUUUCCAAGGAGGCUGGUGGAGGUCAUCCCCAUUUGCUGAUGGUUCUUUCUUCUUCCUCUGCAGAGCUCAAGAAGCAACUGAGCUCCUGUCAGAAGAUUUGCUGCAGAUUGAGCAGAGGAUCGAGCCAGCCAAGCGAGCAGCUCACAAUGUGUCCAAGAGGCUCCAAGCCUGCCUGCAGGGGCAAUGCGGCUCUGAGAUGGACAAGAGAGUGAAGAAGCUACCCUUGAUGGCUCUGUCCACUGCGAUGGCUGAGAGCUUCAAGGAACUGGACACAGAGUCCAGCCUAGGGAAAGCUCUGGAGAUGGGCUGCUGUAUACAGAGCUCGCUGGCAAAAAUCCUGGCUGAGUUUGAGAUUGCACUGGAGCACAGCGUCCUGCAGCCACUCAACAAGCUCAGUGAGGAGGAACUUCCCAUCAUUCUGAAGCACAAGAAGACUCUCCAGAAGUUGAUUUCUGACUGGAACACAAUCAAAAGCAGGCUGAACCAAGCUGCCAAGAGCUCCAGUAACAGCACUGGAGCUGGUGCUGGUCCAGGGGCAUCUUCUGCUGCCAACAAACUGGAGAUCUUGAAGGAAGAGGAGGAGGAGGUAAAGAGGAAGGUGGAACAAUGCAAGGAUGAGUACAUGGCUGACCUCUACCACUUCUCCACCAAGGAGGACAGCUACGCCAGCUACUUCAUCAAACUGCUGGAAAUCCAGGCCCAGUACCACCGGCAGUCACUGGAAUCUCUGGACACAGCUCUGGCAGAGCUAAGGGAAAGCCACAGACAGUCAGAGCCCUCCUUCAAUGCAGACACCCCAGUGGCAGGGUACUAUGGUGUGUCCCUAGAGACCCACCUCAAGAGCUUGGGCCGGGAGAUCGCACUGCCCAUUGAAGCCUGUGUCAUGAUGCUGCUGGCCUCUGGCAUGAGGGAAGAGGGUCUCUUCCGGCUGGCAGCGGGUGCGUCAGUGCUGAGGAAGCUGAAGAGCAGCUUGGCCAGUGGCUCCAAUGCCCUGGAGGAGUUUUACUCAGACCCCCAUGCUGUGGCUGGCGCACUGAAAUCCUACCUGCGGGAGCUGCCCCAGCCUUUGAUGACCUUUGAGCUCUAUGACGAAUGGGUCAAAGUGGCCAGCUUAAAGGACGUUGACAGCCGUGUACAGAGCCUGCGAGACACCUGCAGCCGCCUGCCCCAAGAGAGCUACAACAAUCUGAGGUAUCUGAUCAAGUUUUUAGCCAAGCUGGCUGAACACCAGGAGGUGAAUAAAAUGACCCCCAGCAACAUUGCCAUUGUGCUGGGCCCAAACCUGCUGUGGUCGCAGCAGAGCACAGGGUAAGGUCCAGCUUGGAGGGAUGGGAUGCAGUUUCCCAGCCCCAGCUUGGGUGCCUUGAAUACAAAUGCCAUGGGAAAGGCUGAUCCAGCAGCCUUCAGGCUGGUUUGAAGCACCUGCACCUCUUCCAUUCUCAAGUCUUGUGUUUGUUCCCAAGUUGCAUGUCCCUUGUGUCCUCUUAGCCACUCUGCAAAGCAGUAGAGGAAAGGGCUGAGACCUGAAGCACUUUGUGACAUGGAUGGCUUUCAACACCAUUGGCCUCCAACACCAAACCAGGGUUUUCAGGACAGGGAACAAGGCCCAUCUCCCACCCUGCCAUUCCCCUCGGCUGGGCUGCCUUCCCUUCAGGCUCUGGCCCCUCAGGAAUGAACACCAAAAGCCAUUUGGGGUUAAUGCCCCCCAAACCCCUUUUCUGAUGCCUACCCCAUUCCUGUCUCUCAGAGACCCCAUGCAACUGGACUUGGCCUCAGUCUCCUCCAUCCAGGGUGUGGUGGAAGCCCUCAUCCAGAAUGUGGA